AUGACGGGCCGACCCCGGCGCUCCUUCCGCAAGCAAGUCGGGGAUUACUACCUUGGGCGCACGAUCGGAGAGGGCGCCUACGCCAAGGUGAAGUACGGGGAGCAUGUGCGGACCGGGGAGAGGGUGGCGAUCAAGGUGAGAAUGGCGAAAGGGGAGUGUUCGGAACCUGCAAGGCGCUGGCGGUGGGCGCGGGCUGCGGGGCAAUGGGCGCACGGGCAGACUUCUGCGCGCGGGGCCAUUUGGGCGGCCUCGGGGUCGCCCAGGGAUUUGUCCCAGUACUUUAUGCGCUUUGUGGGGCAUUGA